UCACGAAGUCGUUCGGGAAGUCCGUACAGACGCGGCAGUGGAGGCGCAGGACAUGUGAGAGAUGGCGGCGGACGGCCACGAACUCCUCCGAGUCGGUCACAAUCGGCGGAUUCCAAUUCGCGGUAA